UAAGACCGACCGAGUCGCAGCUAGCGCUCUACUCAGGGAGCGAAUUAAAAAAAUAUAUUUUCCAGUUCAUACGCUCUCGUUAACAUCACAAUGGCUGCCACGGACUUAGAAAUACUAGCCAGCGAGGGGAUGAGGAGUCUCAAUCUGGGCGGCCAUGUUGGCUUCGACAGCCUUCCUGACCAGCUGGUCAGCAAAUCAGUCUCGCAGGGAUUCUGCUUCAAUAUUCUCUGUGUAGGUGAGACUGGCAUUGGCAAGUCCACGUUAAUGAAUACUCUCUUCAACACUGUGUUUGAGAAUGAGGAGGCCAGUCAUUACAUGGACAAUGUGGUCCUCCGUCCCAAGACUUAUGACCUCCAGGAGAGCAACGUCCACCUAAAACUGACCAUUGUGGACACUGUGGGUUUCGGAGAUCAAGUCAACAAGGAGGAAAGCUUCAAACCCAUUGUGGACUACAUUGACACACAGUUUGAGAACUACCUGCAGGAGGAGCUGAAAAUAAAGCGUUCCCUCUUCAACUACCACGACACCAGAAUCCACGUCUGUUUGUAUUUUAUCGCCCCCACGGGGCAUUCGCUCAAGUCACUGGAUUUGGUCACCAUGAAAAAGCUGGACAGUAAGGUAAAUAUUAUCCCCAUCAUUGCAAAAGCUGACACAAUCUCCAAAAGUGAGCUUCACAAGUUCAAGAUCAAGGUGAUGAGCGAGUUAGUGAGCAACGGCGUACAGAUCUACCAGUUCCCCACAGAAGAUGAGGCCAUCUCAGAGAUCAACUCCUCCAUGAAUGCUCAUCUGCCCUUUGCGGUGGUGGGGAGCAGCGAGGAGGUGAAAGUGGGAAACAAAAUGGUGAGAGCCAGACAGUACCCAUGGGGAGCAGUGCAGGUGGAAAACGAAAGCCACUGUGAUUUUGUGCGUCUGCGGGAGAUGCUGAUCCGGGUCAACAUGGAGGACCUGCGGGAGCAGACGCAUGCCCGCCACUACGAGCUCUACCGCCGCUGCAAGCUGGAGGAGAUGGGCUUCAAGGACACAGACCCCGACAACCAGCCCUUCAGUCUCCAGGAAACGUACGAGGCCAAGAGGAAGGAGUUCCUCGGCGAUCUGCAGCGCAAGGAGGAGGGAAUGAGGCAGAUGUUUGUAAAUCGGGUGAAGGAGACCGAGGCGGAGCUCAAGGAGAAGGAGAGGGAGCUGCACGACAGGUUUGAGCUGCUGAAGCGCACCCACCAGGAGGAGAAGAGGAGCGUGGAGGAGAAGAGGAGGGACCUGGAGGAGGACAUGAACUCCUUCAACCGCAGGAAGGUGGCGGCCGAGACGCUGCAGGGCCAGGCCUUCCAGGCCUCCUCACAGCUGUCCAUCAAGAAGGACAAGGACAAGAAGAAUUGAUUUCCAUCCUCACAGCAACCAAGAGCAUCCAGGGAUUUGUCUUCCAUCUCCAUAGCAACACAAGUGUGUGUGUGUGUGUGUGUGUGUGUGUGUGUGUGUGUGUGUGUGUGUGUCUUUGUGUGUGUGUGUGUCUUUGUGUGUGUGUGUGUGUGUGUGUGUGUGUGUGUGUGUGUGUGUGUGUGUGUGUGUGUGCGUGCGUGCGUAUUGCAAUGCAUUGCCUUUUUUUACCAUUCCGUCUCAUCCAGUCUUUGGAGAGCAGUGCUGUUACAAAUGCAUGCCAAGAUUAGGUAUUCUCCAGCGGAUAGCCACGUGUCAAUCAACAUUCUCACCUCAUGUGAUUGGAGCAGGGGAAGGAUGGGGGCGGUGCUUCAGUCUACAUGUUUAUAUGUUUGUAGGCAUCUCUAGAUGAGCAUCAUAAUGUUGUCAUGGUGCUUGCAUGAACCGAACACGUAGACUUAACAGGAUCCGAUGAGGCUUCUACCAUUCCACUUACGAUGUUAACAUGGCAUGAUGUGUCAAAUGUCUGUUUAAAAAAACAAAUAUGGAUGCAUUACAAUGUGAACUUAUAAAGCUGAUGAUUAAUAUAAAAUAUGUCUGUAGUGUCUUACAAUGAAUACAAAGCCUUGAAGGGUUUGUUUUUAAUAAUUUAAUCACUUUUCCUUUUUUCAUUCUAGAUAGUUUUAUACUUAACCAAAUAUGCAUUUUGAUACAUUGAAUUUUAUGUGUGGGUGAAUUUAAAAUUGGAGUUGACGACCUGUUUCCAGAGAGGACUCUGACCGUAUAAUUAGGGCCCACUCAGAAGCCCACUCAGAACUAAGCAAUAGAACCUCCUGUACUCUCAUUUGUACUUAAAAUAAUAAUAAUAAUAAUAAUAAAACAAAACACUGACAAUAUGUUUUACAUCA